GAAAUGUUCACGCUAGUUGGCUCAAAAAAGGAUUCAUGGCGAAUGAACUGUGUCCUGUGCAGACCCAAAGUCAGAGAGCUUCUCGCUUACAAGAAUUCUCCGUCAAAUUUGAAAAAGCACAUAGAGGUAAGCAAAACAAACAGCUAAGUGUUAACGUGACAUUAUGCUAGGUUAAUAAGUUUAGCAUUCUAUGACCAUCAUGAUGUUUCAGCGAUGUACCAGUUAGGCCCAAAGUUGUAGUUUGGUAGUUUAAAACUUUUUCAUAUGACAUGGACCGAUAAUUUUUCAGCACUUGAGCCACAAGACCACGUUUCAUUUCAUGAAACUUGGCUUCUUAGACCAAAAUCUUGAGCUAAAAGAAUGUCUUUGUUAAUGUAUUACACGAUUUGGUCCAUAAUGCCAUGCUAUAGCUUAUUGAUGUUGGUGGAGUACAGGUGUAAUAGGUUAAUUUACAUUUAAUAUUAUUUGCUGCUUGAAGACAUAUUGUCUUAUAUGCCGCCUUAUAUGUGUUUAAAGACCUGUUCAUUGUUCAGUGCAUGUGAAAAUAAUAGACCAAGUAAUUGCAUUCUAUAUGCGAAAAGAACUGUUGUGAAUAAGCUGUAAUUAAACCUGUCUGAUGAGGUCAUCUAUUCCUGCUGGGAUCAGUAGUAGCAAUCACUUGGUCUUUUACCAAUAUAUCUUCACAUGUAUGGAACAAUGAACAGGUCUUUAAACACAUGUAAGGUGGCAUAUAAGACAAUAGGUCUUCAAGCAGCAAAUAAUAAAAAUGUAAAUUAACCUAUUAUACAGGCACAUGUUGAUCAAAAUAACAAGUGUAAACUUAAUGUAAAUUAAGUAAUGCAGAUGUUUGAAUGCAAUUCAACCCUUUAGUUAAGGCUCUAUAACUUAUUCGUUUAUUUAUUUUUUACUUUUUUCACUUAUAGAGAAAGCACAAAAACCACAUGGAGAAAUACUUGAAAUUAACUUCCAUCAAAAGGAAAUCCUCUGAGCCAGAGGAAGGCCAAGGUCCCGCUGCCAAGCAGGUUUGUAAUGUUAAACUCUGGGAAACCAAGAAAGUCUCACAGAAGAGUGUGGAUGAUGCCAUCAUCAGCUUUGUCAUCCAAGGCUUGCAACCUCUGAGUGUCGUGGAACAACCAGGCUUCAAAGACCUUGUACAGCACCUGCAGCCAGGGGUCAGUGUCAUCUGCCGGGGUACCGUCAAAAACAGAGUGGUUAAAGCUACCCAAGACAUGAAGAAGAAUCUGAAGGCUGCAAUGUCCAAGGUACAGUUUAUCGCUACAACAACAGACUGCUGGACAGCACACAGAAGAUCAUUCCUAGGUGUCACGGCCCAUUGGUUGGACCCUCUGACGAUGAGACGAUGCUCCGCUGCUCUAGCAUGCUGUCAGUUAGAAGGAUCUCAUACCUUUGCAGUACUCGCCGGUGCCCUGAAUAACAUACACACGGAAUACAACAUCCGGGCGAAGGUAGUGUGUACAACCACUGACAAUGGCUCCAAUUUCAUAAAAGCAUUUAAAGUGUAUGGACAUGAUGAAAACAACAACACAGGAGGACCACUCCAGGGGGCAAGUCAAACCAGAGAAGAGAGCAGUGAUGAGGAAGAAGGCGAACCUGUGGAGAUUGUUGACGCUGGAGGUAUAUUGGAUGAAGAUGAUGGCCUGGAGUAUCAGCUGCCAAAGCAUCAUCGCUGUGCCUGCCACCUUCUCAACCUGGUUGCAACAGUUGAUCUCUCUGCAGCAGAUGCUGAUCCAGUCUAUAAGAGGGUCUCUCGCUCAGCAUUUGCAAAGUGCCACAGUCUAUGGAACAAGACCAGUAGAUCCACCCAGGCUGCAGAGAUCAUCGCAAAAAAAUGCAAACUGCAACUUGUGAGGCCAGUCGAGACGAGAUGGAAUUCUCUCUUCUUCGCUGUGGAGAGGCUCGGAAGAAUCAUAAACGAACAAGGAGAAGAAGCCAUCGCAUCUGUUUGCAGUGCACUAAAAAUCCCCAUGUUGACUCAAGCGGAGAUUGCGUUUCUGAGAGAAUACGCCAAGACCAUGAAACCAGUUGCGAAGGCCGUCAAUAUCCUACAGGGAGAGGCCAACGUGCAGAUGGGAUGGCUUGUGCCUACAAUAACACUGCUCAAGGCUAAGCUCGAACAGUUCCACAUCUCCUCCAAGUACUGUGGGCCAUUGUUGGACGCACUACAAGCAGGACUUGAAAAGCGUUUUGGACAGAUGCUUGGUGAUCCAGAGCUAAUUGCAGCAGCAAUUCUGGUCCCCAAGUUCAGGACGACCUGGACAUGUAACGAAGAGAUCCUAAAAAGUGGCCUUGACUACAUCAAAAGCCAUCUGAAGGAUCAACCCACAGUGCAUUCAGGUAACACUCCCCAGUCUUCAGAUGAGGACGACUUCUUUUCCACCAUCAAGAAGGGUAAAGCACAUGAAAACACCAAAGAGCUCGAGUCCUACCUGGCCAACCCAGAUGAUGACAUGGAUGUCCUCAAAUCUUACCCAGCAGUGUGCCACCUGUCUCUUAUGCUGAACACACCACUACCUGCCUCAGCUGCCUGCGAGAGGCUUUUUAGCACUGCAGGACUGAUUCUCCAUCCUAAAAGGGCCCGCAUUGGGUCAGAGAACUUUGAAAACCAGCUUCUGCUGAAGCUAAACAAACCUUUUUGGUAGUCAUGUGGAGUAGAGAUAAUAUGUUCGGGGUGGUAUUGUGAGAGACAGUGUUUUAUCAGAAUUUUCAUGGUCUGAGUACCUCAGUUCAGUUAACUCAGAAAAUGCCUAAUUUUCACUUCAUUGAGCAGCUAGCAUGGGUCUACAGUAGCCCUGUAGCGUGUAAUACUGAAGUUCUCUGAUGGACUCAAACUCAAUUUAACAUCUCUCUGAGAUCCCAUUAACACAAACUAAAUAAAUCCAGCCUGAAUCAGAUCUGUACCAUAUUCAGACUGAACUCUGAUUGGUAUUAACAUCACGUGACCAUUAAAACCAGUCUGAAUUCAGUCUGUUUGUGGCACAGAUCUGACUCAGGCUGGAUUUGGGGCCUAUUAGUGUGUUGUGAUUAGUGUUGCUGCCUGGUUCGGUUCCGCAGUCCUCACAUCAAUGGAUCUCUUGUUGAAGUUACUGAAGUUUGUUAAUGUGAAAACAACACUACCUGCAGCCUGUAAGCUGAGAAAGCUGUGGACAGAAAUUGGGGAUGACAAGAUGGAGGAAAGUGAUGGAUUUUCUAAAAAGCACUUAGGGUUUUUUGUUACUUAAAAUUUGUUUACAGCCAAGUUGUCUCGAAGACGUUAUUUACACUGACGGCUAGAUUCAGCCUGAAUCAGAUCUGUACCAUAUUCAGACUGAACUCUGAUUGGUAUUAACAUCACGUGAGCAUUAAAACCAAUCUGAAUACAGUCUGUUUGUGGCACAGAUCUGACUCAGGCUGAUUGUUGAUUUAGCUGCUGCCUGCCAGUGUAACUGGGGAGUAAAGAGAUGGGUAGAAAAGAAAAAGGUGAUAGGUUUAUGUUUACAAAACACUAUUUGUUUUUUUUGCUCUAAGUCCAGUGCAUUCUGUGCAUGGCUGAAAAACGUGUUUACUGUACAUAUGUAUCUGACUAGGCUGCUGUCUUAUUAAAAAUAUAAACUUGA